GAAUAAAAACCUCUUUUACAUACAAAUCAAGUGUUUUGUUAUAGUUUUUCUCACCAUAUUCCUUGGUUCUGAUAAUUAGCAGAAAACUGAUGUAAUUAUGUGCAAGAAUACCUGUUAUUGUCUAGCAUAGACCAUAAGUGUUGUGUGUGUGUGUUUGCGCCCAAGCAGAGUGUGAGUGUAUAACAUUUAAAAAACACCCCAACACAAACAACAAAAAAGCCACACUUCUCCAUUUCUUCAAUCGGCUGGAAUAAUCCCAAAGUGGGUGUAGAUAUCUAUACAAACCAUUAUCCCUAUGUGUGUGUGUGUGUGAGUGUGUAUAGCUGAAUGACUCGACUGGAAGCGCCUCGUCCUUUGCUGCUCUAAAAUAGCAUAACUUACUGCAAGUGUCUAUGCAUGUCAGCUUGUGUGUGAGCGAGUGUGUGUGUGUGCAGUUAAGUGUAGGUGUGCAAAACGGCCAACAAGCAGACAGACAGACAGAAAGUCUACUUUUUCUAUGACUGCUACUUCUGCCACUGCUUGGUGAACUCCAAAGUAUUUUCAUUUCUGGACUUUAAUGUCCCUUUAUGGACUUUGAAUUGGUCUUUGGGCCAUAAAAACGAGAACAUUUGAUUUAAUUAAUUCUUCGUGCUUCUUAUUCUACUGUCGGCACUUUUCUUAAACUACCUGCCUGUCCUCCAGCCUACCAUAACGACUGCUGCUGGUGUUUACACAACUCAGAUAUCUUUGGCACCAUUACUGCUGCCACAGCCACUAUUUCUAUUUAUUUGGCUGUUACUUUUUAUGGAUUUUCUUCAAUAUGGCUUAAACGUUUCUCAUCAAUGCAAAAGAUAUGGCCACCCUGUACACAUGCUGCAACCUGACCACUAAAUGAAAUGACUUUUUAAAAGCUAAACAUAAAUUUCCGUUCUGUGAUAGAAAGGUAUACGAUUUUUACAAAAGGGUUUUCUCAACGAAAGUAAAACUUGUUCGUGCUAGAGAAAUCACCUGCGUCCACAUACUCUCCAAGAAGUAACAACAAGAACGACAAACUGUCGACAUUAUCGAUAAGAAAUUUUUCGGCAAAUAUGCUGAACAAUCUGGGGGCCAAUGUUUUGGGUCCCAAAGAUUGUGAUAUACCCAAGGCGGCGUUGUCGGCCUUACAUGCCGGCGUCAAUAGUUUCGGCCAAUUAACAAACGGUCCACCCAACCCUAGCGAUAUUUCGCUAAACGGUGUUGGGGGAGGAGGAGGAGGCGGUGGCGGUGGUCCUCGCCUGCAUGUCUCCAAUAAUUUAUGCGAUAACCAAAAUCCUUUGGUCAAUAACAAUAAUAAUAACACCAACAAUAACAACAACAGUAUGCAACAACAGGAUCAGAUUUUGGAUAAAAACAAACAGAAACGGCAUCGGACAAGAUUUACACCGGCCCAGCUAAAUGAACUGGAACGAUGUUUCUCAAAGACCCAUUAUCCGGAUAUAUUUAUGCGUGAAGAGAUUGCUAUGCGUAUAGGAUUAACCGAAUCCCGAGUACAGGUUUGGUUUCAGAAUCGCCGUGCCAAAUGGAAGAAACGCAAGAAGACCACCAAUGUCUUCCGUACCCCAGGUGCCCUCUUGCCCUCACAUGGCCUGCCACCAUUUGGGGCCAAUAUAACAAAUAUAGCCAUGGGUGAGGGCUUAUGUGGGUCCAGUAUGUUUGGCGGAGAUCGUUGGAGUGUGGGUGUGAAUCCCAUGACAGCUGGCUUUGGUCAACUAAAUCAAUCUUCAACGCUUUCAUCUUCAUUGAAUGGUGGUCUAAAUUCUGGUAUUAAUUUAGGCUCUGCCAUGGGUGCUGGUAGUUAUCAACAUUAUGGAUUAAAUGCUUUAGGUGACUCAAUGAUGUAUCAGCAUAGCGUUGGUGGUGUAGGCUGUGGUGGGGGUGGCAAUGGCUCACCCACAGCCACCACCCCACCCAAUAUGAAUUCGUGUUCUUCGGUGACACCGCCCCUUUCGAAUCAGCCAAAUCCUAGUCAAAACGAACUGAAUGGUGAUAUGAGUGCCCAGCCACAUCAUCAACAACAACCACCACCGCCCCAACAACAACAACAACAACCCCCUCAACAACAGCAGCAAAAUCACCAACAACCCCAACAUCAUCAGCAGCAACCACCACCGCAUCAACAGCAGCAGCAACAGUCUCAGCAUUCCGACUCGAACAACAACAGCCAAGGGGGUGGCCACCAACAACAGCAGCAGCAGCAGCAACAGCAGCUUUUGCCCCAUUGUCACCAGUCCAUGCAGUCGCCAACAGAUGGCUCACCCGAGGAUGAUGUGUGGCGAGGUCAUAGUAUAGCUGCCCUGCGACGGAGAGCUUCCGAGUUGAAUGCCACCACAGGAAUACCGACAUAUUUGCAUCACGCCGCCGCUGCUCACAACAGUUACGAACACCACAAUUCGGUCUACUGAAAUUUGUUGAAAAGCUUUGAAAGCUUUUCUGAUUAUGGAUUUCCCCAGAGCGAUUUUUGAGCUUCAAUGGGUGUGUUGGAAAAAGAAGAAAAAGCUUUCUAAGCUUUUCAAAUGCAGGCAUAUACAGCAAUCAGGGUAUAGACUUUGAAAAUAUUCCGACAGAUGUCGACUGCGAUGAGAUUUUUAAAAACUCUCCGAAAAAUCUAUACCAUAAUAAGCCUAUGCUGCAUGCCAACCAAUUGAAAUACCCACCACCAAGCCAUCAUAAAUCACCAGGGUGGAUUCAUGUCUAGACUAGUGCUAAGGAUAAGCCUUCAGAGCUUUUUAUGUGGUGAUGAUUUUAGAGCUUAGUCGUUUUAAUUUUAAUUCCAUUUAUUUUUUUUUUUGCUUUUUUUCUAUUCCUUUGAUAUGCAAUCAACUUAUCCUUGCAAUGUUUGCCUCAUGGCCUACCAGUAAAAGGAUGUAAUUAUAAUUUUUUCCCCCUGUUUUUCUCUUUCUGAGAUUGUUUGACAAGUGUCUGUGUAAUUUUUUUUUAAGUUUA